CCCCCUUGCUAGGGUUUCAUUCGCUUCUAAUGGCGGAUGAUCUGGCUGAAAGAUGCGCUAAACUAAAAAUUAAUGCUGAUGAAAACACUGUUAUUGAAUUAGGGAACGAGGUUCCUACGGAAAUUGAUGAUAAACUAUCUUUGAGACUCGUGGGUCGAUUACUGACAACUAGGGCAUUUAAUAUGGACGCUUUUAAGCGUACUAUAUCUCAAGCUUGGGGAUUACAGAAGCGGAUUAUCAUUAAAGCAAUUGAAACGAAUUUGUUUGUGUUCCAAUUCUUCCAUUGGCGGGAUAAGGAGAAAGUAAUGGCGGGACGUCCAUGGUGCUUUGACCAAAACCUGCUUGUACUCAAUGAUAUCUCGGGCGAUGAACACCCAGCACAAGUGCUACUAUCAUACUCGCCUUUUUGGGUACGUAUUCUUAACUUGCCGUUUAACUGUCGGGGUGAAGCAGACGUUCAUGCUAUUGCGUCUGCGUUGGGUGUUGUGAUGGAAAUUGAAUCGGAUGAGCUAGGUAUGGAUAAAUUCUGUCGGGUCCGCAUCAUGUUAGACAUUAAAAAACCCCUACGUCGUUUUCAGAAAAUUAGGGCAAAAAACAAUAAGGUUAUUACGGUGGAAUUUAAAUAUGAACGAUUACCCUUUUUUUGUUUUUUGUGUGGAUGUAUGGGGCACCAUGAAAAAGAUUGUGAUGAGGUUGAUGAGGACGAUGGCGCCUCGAGCCUGGGGUGGGGUUUGUGGCUAAAAGCUUCGCCUCGAAAGGGAUAUACGCAACAAGUUGAUGAGGCGACUAGGGUUCUGAAGGGACAAAGGAAACUAUUUGUGUGUAAAGACUCAAAUCUGAUGUCUUAUUUGGACUCCACUGGAGAUAUGAGAGGGCAGGAGGGUUUGAUGAAUUUUUGUGGGGAGAAUAUAGCUGGUGAAAAGAAUAUAAGUGAGCAUGGUUUAGUGGGUGGACAAAAGGGAGAGAGGGAGGUUGAAGGGAGUACACAAGAGCAAGGGAGGGAGGAUAGGGGUGUGUUGAAGGAUGCUGUUGUGGAGGACCAGUUGACCAAAGGGGGCGCACGCAAGGGGGGGUGUUCGCCGGUUGUCUCGGGGAGCUCACACCUGACUUUCUCGGUGGGGUGUGGGCAGUUAAAGGAAAGGAGAAAGAAAGUGCAGGUUAGGCGGACUCUGAAGGUUCCUAAGAAGGCUGGUGGAAAUGAGCAGGUGGAGGGGCGAGGGGAAAAAAGAAAAGAAGGGGAGAUGGGGCUUGCUGAGGGAGACGAAAUGGAUGGCGGAUUGGUUAAGCGCCUAUGUAGGGAUGGUGCUAGAGAGGAUGGUGAAUUGAUGGAUGAGAGCUACGUCUCUUUUCAAGUAGCGGAGGUUGGUGAUGACCAACCCCGCGAAGAGCAAUGAAAAUA